GCUAUGCGCAGUCUUCUCAUACUGUUUUAGUCUUACCUGUACCUGAUACUUUAUCGGUCGAUACUGUCCCAAAGAUGUUAGGGUGAUGCUGUUUUCCGCUCAUGGCGGGAAGAAUAGAACUCAGCGAACAAAAACUUGGAUAUAUCCGGGAGCUCGUGAACGAUAACGACCCUAAAGAGGAGUAUAAACUCAUACAGAGCAUAGGAACUGGCACAUAUGGCGAAGUGUAUAAAGCUCUCCGUCUUAGAACAAAAGAACUUGCUGCUGUUAAGAUAAUAAAAAUCGAUGCCAAGGAUGACAUCCUGGCUAUUUUACAGGAGAUACAAACCCUUAGGGAAUGCAGACAUUCUAACAUUGUGCAAUACUUUGGUAGUUAUUUUAGGAAUAAUAAACUUUGGAUAUGUAUGGAGUUUUGUGGCGGCUUUUCUAUGCAGGAUAUUUACACAAACAUUCGGCGACCCAUAGAUGAAAAAUGCAUUGCUUUCGUCACGGGCGAAACUUUGCGGGGUAUUGAGUAUAUGCACAGAGCUGGACGUAUACACAGAGAUAUAAAGGGGGCCAACAUUCUUCUUACCAACGAUGGCGAGGUGAAGAUUGCUGACUUUGGGGUUGCCGCUCGAAUAACCCAAACCAUCCAGCGUCGCAAUUCGUUCAUCGGCACUCCAUAUUGGAUGGCUCCGGAGGUCGCUGCUGUAGAGCGAAAAGGGGGCUAUGAUGAGAAGUGCGAUAUUUGGGCUUUGGGCAUCACAGCGAUCGAAUAUGCGGAACUUCAACCACCCCUGUUCGAUUUACAUCCCAUGAGAGCAUUACAAAUCCUGGGUACUCGAAGUUACAAACCACCCACGCUCCGGAACAAGUCGGCAUGGUCUACCAAAUUCCAUAGUUUCUUGAAAUCUUGUUUGACAAAGAAUGAAAAGAAGCGUCCCAAUGCCCAAACUCUUUCUAAGCAUGAAUUUGUCACUCAACCUCAUCUUACUCGAAGCCUUACUCUUAAGUUGCUCGACUUGAAUCGCAAUCCCGAUGGACCAACCUGCCCCGCUAAUUCGGUAGCCUUGGCGUCUCCAAGUUUUGCUGCAGUCAAUCCAAGUCCAGUCACAGUCGUUCAAGAGAACACGCAGGCAAGCAACGCUCGCGUCACUGCGAUCAUGGUUGGUGUUUCAGAGGCCAAAUCUGCCUCAAAUUCUUUUUCAACUAGUGAAGAAAGCAAGGACCGCACUUUGGUUCAUCAGCUCGACCGGAGCUCCGGUGAGAAACGAGAGACUUGUAAAAAACGAAAACUCUCGAUUAUAUCGAAGAGACCACAGCCACCAGAGAAGAUGCAUAUCCCUUGGUUUGUCCGCGCUGCUUCCAAUGACUCCACUCCGACAGGUUCGACACCUACGACGCCAUUGACUGCAGAGAAUUCACUGAAAAGUGCCGGCGUCUUGACAGACUUAAAAGAGCCGGCCGAACACAUUUCUCCUGUGCGACAGGCAAAUGGUAUAUUGUCGGACUUUAUCAAAGCGAAUGCUUCCAACAAUGCCCCUAAAUCGUUACUCGAAGCGAUCCGUAUUAUGGACGAAUUGCCUAAACCAUUGCCCGCCUAUGUAUCCGAUGCACCUACUGCUUCACCUGCUGUCAAACCGUCCGGGGAGUUUACUAACCCGUCUUGUUUCGUCAGACCGUCCACGACUGUGUCUCCAGCAUCUCCACCAGGUCUCCAACAAGCAACACCUUUGGAGGCCAAAGUCAAGCGAUCACACAUUUCCUCUUCAGGUGUUAUACACACGUCGACAAACCCCCUCACUUCUGAUUCAUUGGUCAUCCAACCUUCCAAAUCAACUUCUUCGUGUUCUACGUCAUCAUGUUCUUCUGCUUCUACCUCCCCUCGCAGUUCGUGUUCGUCGCUAACGAUGGAGUCUAUCCAUCAAGCGGAAUUACGGCACAAUUCCACUCGUAUUUCGGUACAGCAGUCUUCCGUGGCUAAUGUGGAUCAUUCUCCUUCCCAAACAGCCGUUUCCUCUGCAUCUGAACACUCGCCUAAUCAGUGCAAUGGGAGUGCAAUACCUCCGGUGCGUGCCCAGACCAUCGUCUCGAAUGUUGCAUCACCUGUAUCAACCCAAAAAUCAUCUUCCGACCACGUAACAGUGUUCGAGCAGGUGAUAUUGCAAGAUUCUUUGGAAGCACAAUUCAUACCCAUUGACACUAGCGCCUUUGUAUUAAGUCCAGACUCCGUCCAAACUGAGGCUUCUGAGCGCACACGGACCGAACAGCAUAGUAUGUCGCCUCUUGAGAGCCAAACUUCUCCCUCCGCAAUCGAUGUCAAUGUGUCCCCUUCGGCAACACUCGACCGGUCGUCGUCGUCCUCAUCAGAAGACAAUGACGAAGAGCAUUUUGAACACUACUUCGACUCUGAUGAGGACCACGAAGGCGGUGGUUGCGAGUUCGGUGGAGACGAUGUGUCACGCAACUCUUUCGUAACGCAUGGCACAGUUACCACUGUUGACUCUGAUUCAUCCAGUGCAAAUAUCAGCGUGUGUGCUGGUGCGUCACCAUGUUCCACUGCUGUGAUCCCCGAUCUUUUAACACAGGGUCCCCAAUCAACUAGCCCCGAAUCUUACCAUGAGAAAUUGCGUUCCAGUUCACAUGUGAUGACCGCGCCGGUUGCCGCUAUGGAGAAUCCAGACGACUGGGAUCUCAGUGUUGCGGGAGACGAACUAUUGGCCGCCGAUGGACUUCUGCAUAUGACCCAAAGCCGUCCGGACUCUAUCAGCGAUCGCAUCAGUGAAUUUGGGUUUCAUAUUCACGGUUCAUCUGAUGGUGAGGAGGAGGAUGACCUAGAAGACGAUGACUUUGUGGAUGACGAGCAGAACGAUGUGGUCAUUCCACACACGAUGGUUGACUUGAACGGGCCGUUUAGCCAAGGGAGUCCUUUUUCCAACCAAAUGGCACACAUUCCGAACGAGGGCAGUGCGUUUCAUGCUCGUCCGGUUGGUCCACUCACUCCAUCAGACCACCGUAUAUCUAAUGGCUUGAACCCACCGGAAUUACCAAAUGGUGUCUCUGCGUCGAAUAAGCCUGUCUUGAAAACUCACCCGUGUGAAAAUUCUCCAGUGGAGGGCCUCCUACAAACGUAUUCACUAGUGGAGCUCCAUCGUGACAAGUCUGGCGAAGAAUUAAUGUCUGUUCUACGGCAGCUGAAGUUUGCUCAAAAGUUCGCGUGGCUUUCGGGCGUUUCUGUGCCGACUUCCGCUCUGGCUGCUCUGUGCACACUACAGACGUCCGUACUUUCACUUAAUGGUUCCGCUGAACCCUCUCGACACGAGUUGCUUCAGCCGCCACAACCGCCGUCAUCAACUCCUGGUGGUCAAGGCAUUCGCUCCGACUUCGUAAGCGUCAAUUCCGUCGACAGCUCUCAUUAUCCCAGCGUCUCUCCUGGACGCGAUGGUAUUGUGACACAUUCCCAGGUCACCUCAAGUCCAGUCUCAUAUUCGACUCCCUCGAUUCUAUCUUCAACAGCACCCGCGUUUGGGACUGAAAGCAUAGACGAGCCUGUUGCGCUGCCUAUAUCCGUCGCUCGUGAUCGACCUUUAGUUUUCCCCACAGUCAUAUCAGAAGGUGUGCUCUACGAAGACGUUUUACCCAUGGACCCCGACUUUUCUUUCGAAAGUGUACCAAUCAUUCAUUCUAUCCUGUCAGUCUCGUUGGCGCAUUCUGUUGAAUCCGGGAUUCAAGUGCUCACAUCGCCAUCCGACGUGCGUCCAAGCUCAGUGGUCAAACCCUUGGCUACUGCCCUGUCAUCCGACGACACGUUUCGACAUUCAGUGAAUGAGCUUCCAAUUCAAUCACAGGGCCCGGUUGUAUCCCCUCCCAAUAGUCCCUGUGUAACUGAGGGCACAAUCCACCCUACCAAGCUCCGAACCAACAAAUAUUUGUCCCGGUCACUGUCCCCACUUAGAAUUGAGAUCAAGUUAACCGUAAAGACCCGGUCUUGGCAAUGUUUCGCUUCUCCUACUCCGCUGACAGCUCCAACUUCCGAUUUCGCAAACCCGCAUCUUGAGGUCAAAUGUGAAACUCGUCCAUCUUCCCGAUCUUCUACAUUUAACCUACAAGCUGACAAGUCAUCUCCUGACGGAUUCGUAAACUUGAAGCGACGUAACUCCAUGUCUCAACCGAGUUCUGGUGCACCCAUCUCUAUUGAGCGGGCUCCAACUGCAGAACCCUUGACUCCGUUUACCAAAUUACGCGAUCAAUCUCGUUCGCAGCCGUUACCGUUUUCUCCUGGAUGGGAAAAUCCUCGUUUUUCUAUGGUUGAAUUAACCCACAUGGACGAGAAGCCUUUCCACGAUGGUUCUUAUUCCAUUGCAUCCACUCCAUUCGCUAAUGCAGGAGCAUGCUUCUCCUUGAUAUUCGAAGGUUGUCCCCUCAAGCUGAAUGCAACCGCCUCGUGGACUAAUCCGGCCACCAAUGGCCAAAUUCUACUUUUCGGGACGAAUGACGGAAUCUAUUACCUUAAUUUAAAGGAUAGGACGGAACGCUCUCUGGAGUUGCUGUUUCCUCGGCGUUGUUUGUGGCUGUCAGUUGUUCGGGAUACUAUGAUGUCCUUGUCCGGAAGGCAUCCUCAGCUCUACAGCCAUGAUUUGGUCUCAUUGAUGAAGUUGAAGUCACAAGGACAUGCGAUGAGCAGUAAUCCAUCCAAGCUGGGAAAAUUGACCAAACUGUUCCCCAAGCGAUUCUCACCUUCAAAGAAAAUCCCGGACACCAAAGGCUGUCAGCGUGUCAGUGUGACCCGUAGCCCGUUUAACGGAGCGAAAUAUCUGUGUGCGGCCAUCGGUAACACCAUUCUGGUAAUGGAAUGGUUCAAUCCCGUCUCCUCCUUCAUCGAAAUUAAGCGCACCGUGGUCCCAGACAUGCCUUCACCCUUACUCACCUUCGACCUACUGAUUGUGAAAGAUCGUCCACUGCCUCUAGUCUGUCUUGGCGUGUAUCGGCAUCAUUCUAAACGAGGACGCGCGAGGCAACGAUACCGUCUGCAUUUAAUUGACCUGAAUGCUCCCAACCCACCCAUCGCUCUUGAUUCCGCUACCGGUUCGUCUUUUGACCCCUCUGGCAUGAACAAAUCAGCCCCUAUGGUGGAAUCCGCUCCCCAUCUGAUCGAGGAACAGAGUCGUAAAAUUGAACUUCGCGCUGAGUAUCAUCGACGAAAUACGUCAUAUUUACCCGAAGACAUAUUGCCAGUAGUUGAGGUUGUACAGUUAGAACAUAAUACUAUUUUAGUCUGCUUCCAAGAUUGCGCCAAGGUUAUCGGUCUAAGUGGUCGCAUCAAAUCCAGUCGUCAUCGGGCUACCACUUUUGAAUUCGAGGGCACAGUGGCCGAGUCCAUCGUUUGCCUUCGUGAUAGUAUUCUCGUAUUCCAUCCACAUGGAUUGCUGGGCAGAAGCUUUACAGGAGAACUCACACAAGAUAUCCAUGACGCGAGGCACAUCUAUCGGUUACUCGGCUGCGAUCGCAAAAUCGUCGUGGAAACCCGGCCGGCGGAUGACCCAAUGUCUAACUCAAAUGUAUACCUGCUGUCUAGUUAUACCGACAGCCUUGUCCAGUGAAUGCUGCAAGAGACCACCCGAGUCAGGGUCGGUUUUUCUCCUCUUCCAUUCUCCUUCUCUCUCUGCGCUCACAAUAGACACCCCACCGAUCGUCUUUCGCCGUUGCCAAUCCCUUGUGGGUGGUCCUGUUUGUGUCGUAAGCAUUCCUUCGGAUUGUGAGCCAAUCCGCUCCCCCGCUCUUUUUCCAAUCCCUAAGUCUAGUCCCCUAUACACAGUCCCAUUCGCACUGUGGUUGUCACACCAACAUGGUUAGGUCACCGCCACCUUUACAUCUGCAAGUCUGAGAACGAUCAUGCUCAUGCAUUUUGCCCAUGUGCUCAAGCACGCACAUCAUCAUGUUACACUUCCGUUACCUUCUCUAUGGCCACAUGCGCGCACUGUACGGUGAUCCAGCUGACAUGUAUUACCUCUUCCAAGUCAUCACUUGUUCCGUUGGCUUUUUCGUUUCCCUUUUUGCCUAUUCGAGGCGUUGCUUUCAUCAACCUACAUGUGAUAUAUUUGUGUGCACAUCAAGUGCAUUUCAACCGCUCUAUUGUCCGUUCACACCUUCGCAGUUUGAUUCAAUCAGAACGAGCUCCUUUUCGAUCGCUUGGAUCAGCUUAUAUUCGCUUUACAGACUCAUUGCCAUUUAACUUCUAUCAACUGUACUCUAGGCCGAUGAUACACUCGUAUUUUUCUAUUUUCUGCAUACUUCACACUUGCGCCCCGUGCUACGUUCUCAUACUCUUAUUAAGCUUCACUUCAACCCCUUCGAGUUUUGCUUUUGCUCUCCGAUAGAUACGACAAAAAUGCGCCACUGAAACAAGCUGUACUUCGCACUUCCUAGACCAAUUGAACAAUUUAAAACAAAGUGGCACUUUUCUCUUAUAUUUUACUUCCCUUUCUUGUGAACUCAGUUUUCCUUCAGCACAUAACCUGUCGUUGUCUUCAAAUCCUUCUCUAGCUUCAUCAUUCUUGGCAUUUUUCUUUUACAUUUUUCCUUUGGAAUGUUUUUUGAGUUCUUUUCAAUCUUUCUUGCUUACGCGAAUCCCCUCCGUCGAUCAAUGUACUCCCCAACACCACCGAAUCUCGACGUAAUAUGACCUUUUGCGUCCCUUUUAACACGCCGCCUGUCACCUGCACAUUCAUCUAUGGUUCCGUUUAUGGAUUUUUGUCAUUUAACUACCUGUAUUCACGUGCUGGAUACUUACCUGCCACGAUGUUUUUCACCCGUGAAUUUCUCUCUCUGGUCUCCAUUCUACUCAUUAACCGUCUUCUCAAGGUUAAUCAUGCUACCUUUUUCUUUGCUUUUUUAAACAAAACUUCUCACUGCACUCUCUUUCUUAAUAUAUGAUUGCUUCGAUCUAUUUGCUGACUUUAGUACUUUGUACACAGCAUAUCUUGCGAGCUACCUUAUUGACUGCUCUUAUGAACCAACGCUGGUAUGUGAUCGGUCUU